GAAAAAAAAAAAAAAAGUAAACCCUGCGAGAUUGUCUUUGGUUCUUUUGUUGUUGACCUGAAACUUGCGGAGAAGGGAGAAGGUAAGAGAGAUCGAUCGAAUGGGGAUAAUAAAGAGCUGCUUCUCGUUCAUGGUGGGAUCAGCUUUUGGGGUGUACUUGGCUCAGAACUACAACGUUCCUAAUAUCCGGAAGCUCACCAACACUGGUAUCGUUGUCGCCAAACACGUCGAAGAGAACUACCGCAAACCCAAAAAAGACGAUCCCUAAUGAUUUUGAUUUCUUCCUAAGUGAGCUGUUGUAGAGAGAAGAAUGUGGAGGUGGUGUUGGUGUUGGAGCUAAGCAUAGAUUUGAUUUCACUAGGAUCCCAUGGAAGUAGUCCUCAGAGUCUUUACUGGCGUUGCUUUCAUUCUUAUUUUGAUUACUGACACUUAAAAGAGAUUUUACUAAUUUCAUCAUUAAUGUAUAAAGAUGAUAUUAUAAUAACUUCCAUCUCAGCCAACAAAAACAUCUUUGUUACCUUAUUGAUGAUUAAAUGGUCAUUGUAUUACUCCUUCUUCUUUUACUCAAGAGAUUCACUGUUUUUGAAUCUGUUGCUUUCCAGUGGAUCAGAAGCGGAAUUUGCA